AUGGCUGGCUCAAACGAACCCAUUGAUUGGGGCUUCCUAUCACAAGCCAUGUUUCCAGAAAUAACAUCCCCGCCCGCUCCCCCUGUUCAGCAACAGACCCCUGCCAUCCAGCGUAAUACAAACACAACCGUAACAAACCAAGUGCAAAUGUUUUUCCAGGGUAUAAUGUCUGAAGUAAACAAGAGACUUACGUCUGAAGUAAACAAGAGACUUGCGUCUGAAGUAAACAAGAGACUUGCGUCUGAAGUAAACAAGAGACUUACGUCUGAAGUAAACAAGAGACUUGCGUCUGAAGUAAACAAGAGACUUACGUCUGAAGUAAACAAGAGACUUGCGUCUGAAGUAAACAAGAGACUUGCGUCUGAAGUAAACAAGAGACUUGCUGGAAUUGAAACUGCUGUGAAAAAGGUUGAAAAAUUGGAUGUUAUUGAACAUGAACUUAAAGUCAUAGAUACGAAAAUGGAUAAAACCGAAGAAAAGCUUAAAGCCAUGGAGAACUCCGUUAGUUUUUUUAGCAAACAGUAUGAUGAACUUUUAAAAUCACAAGUAGAGGUACAAAAAACUGUCUUGACCGAAAUGAAAGAUAUUAAACAACAGGUAAAGGAAUCGCAUGACAUGGCUCGAGAGGCAUCGACUAAACAAAGGGAGAUGGAGGAGAAACUGCUCGAUCUCCAGGCACGUAGCAUGCGAGACAAUCUGAUUUUCAGUGGAAUAGAAGAGAAAGUUGGUGAGAAUGUCCAACAAGUCCUACAUUCUUUUAUAAAGGAGAAGUUGAAGAUAGAGGAAGAAAUCUCAGUUGAUAGAUGUCACAGAAUUGGUGCUCAUCAUCACGGAAAACACAGAUCGAUAGUAGUAAAGUUUACAUAUUACAAACAACGCUAA